GGCGCGGAGCGCGGCGCGGCCGCUGCCAGCGCAGGGGCUGGGAGAUCCGGCUGGGUGAGGAGAGAGGAGAGCAAACCCCGCUGGCAUCUGCGCUUGGGAGUCACCCAGAGACAGCGGCUGUCCCCAGAGCGGAGGCGAUCCGGAUCCGCGCCUGUAAGAGCGCCUGUCUGUCCUGGCGGUUGGCACACCUGAGGCGGAAAGGGAUGCGAGGUGCAUGGUGACAGCAUCGCAGCAAUGAGUGGAAUUUUAAAGAGGAAGUUUGAAGAAGUUGGUGGAACCUCACCCUGCUCAUGUGUGUGGGAAUCAGAUGAUGAUGUUUCCAGCAGUGAAAGUGCUGACAGUGGAAGUAAUGUCCAUCCAUCUGCUUCUAAUCAUUUUACCCGUACAUGUGACAGCAUUGCAGCAAUGAGUGGAAUUUUAAAGAGGAAGUUUGAAGAAGUUGAUGGCUCCUCACCUUGUUCCUCUGUGAGGGAAUCAGAUGAUGACAUUUCCAGCAGUGAAAGUGCUGACAGUGGUGAUAGUGUCAAUCCAUCCACUUCUAAUCAUUUUACCCCGUCUUCAAUCCUGAAGAGGGAGAAGCGCAAGAGAGCCAAGAAUGUGCACUUCAACUGUGUCACUGUGUACUACUUCACCAGAAGGCAGGGCUUCACCAGCGUUCCCAGCCAGGGAGGGAGCACGCUGGGAAUGUCCACUCGGCACAACAGCGUGCGCCAGUACACCCUGGGCGAGUUUGCCAUGGAGCAGGAGAGGCUCCACCGGGAGAUGCUGAGAGAGCACCUGAGGGAGGAAAAACUCAAUUCUCUGAAGUUAAAGAUGACCAAGAACGGUACGGUGGAAUCAGAGGAAGCCAAUACACUGACUCUGGAUGACAUUUCUGAUGAUGAUAUUGAUCUGGACAACACUGAAGUAGAUGAGUACUUCUUUCUCCAGCCCCUGCCUACAAAAAAGCGGCGGGCGCUGCUGCGAGCUUCUGGAGUGAAGAAGAUCGACGUGGAGGAAAAGCACGAGCUGCGAGCCAUCCGCCUGUCCAGGGAGGACUGUGGCUGUGACUGCCGCGUCUUCUGUGACCCAGAAACUUGCACCUGCAGUCUUGCAGGCAUAAAAUGUCAGGUGGAUCGUAUGUCUUUUCCAUGUGGUUGCACUAAAGAAGGGUGUAGCAAUACAGCAGGUAGAAUCGAAUUUAACCCUAUCCGUGUUCGGACUCACUUUUUGCACACGAUAAUGAAACUUGAAUUGGAGAAAAAUAGAGAGCAGCAAGUUCCAGCACUCAAUGGCUGUCACACUGAGAUAAGUGCACACAGUAGCUCCAUGAGUCCAGGACCCCAUCCAGUCGAAUAUUCGAUUGCAGAAAAUUUUGAGAUUGAAACCGAACCCCCGGCUACAGUUAUGCAUUCCCAGUCAGCCGAGGACUUGGACUGCCCAGGGGAAGAGGAGGAAGAGGAAGAUGGGAGUAGCUUUUGUAGUGGAGUUACAGAUUCUAGUACACAGAGUUUAGCCCCUAGUGAAUCAGAUGAUGAUGAAGAGGAAGAGGAAGAUGAGGAGGAAGAUGAGGAGGAAGAAAAAGCAGAUGAUUUUGUAGAAAGUAUGAGCUCCCAUGCUGAUAUGGUGCCUCUUCCUUCUGUCCUUUGCUACUCUGAUGGAACUGCUGUGCAUGAAAACCACUCUAAAAAUGCCUCAUACUAUACUAACUCUUCAACUCUGUAUUACCAAAUAGAGAACCACGUUGCUGGCACUGCUAACCAGAUUGGUGAGACUUACUCAGAAAGGGAUGCUGUCAAGAAUGGUAGUCUUUCUCUGGUGCCUUACAACAUGACUUCAGAACAGUUUGUUGACUACACACGGCCAUCAGAGGAAACUUAUAGCAGCCCUCAUUACCCUUCUGCAAACCCCUCAGUGAUUGUUUGCUGCUCAUCUUCGGAAGGGGAUGGCAGUGCUCCCUGUAACGGUUUGUACACUGAGCAUAGGCCGAGUCACCCACCAGUGGAAUUUCACUCAUACUUGAAAGGUCCUUCUCAAGAUGGCUUUGUCUCAGCUUUGAAUGGUGACAGUAACGUGCAGGAACACCCUGCUGAGAAUUCACUAAACCUCCCAGAGAAGAGCAGACUGCACGAAGAGUGCAUCAAAUCACCAGUGGUAGAGACGGUGCCUGUUUAAAAUUAAAUUAUUCUAGGACUGACUUCCUGUGUUAAAAUUCACUCCCAUUGGAUUUUCCUAGAAACUUACUUUUUUAAGAGGUAGACAAUGCUUGGACUAUAGUCAAUGUUCCAGACACAUUUUGUUUUUUCAAGCUACACUGGCAGUGGUAUUGCACAAAACCAGUUCAUGUAAAGAUUUAAAUAAAAAUAAUCAAACCCUUUUUUUGAUAAAAAUAAACAGAUAAGUAAAAAACACACCCAACAUAUUUCAAGGUAGCCUACCUAUGAACGUAUGUGAAACCUGCCAAGCUAUCUGAAUCAAAACUUCAUGUUUUUGACUGUCGGGCCUGUGCAAGAUUGUUAAAAAUGAUACUUUGAAAUAAUCAUGUUUAGAGUCCUAAUUUUCAACAUAUCUGAAAAGAUGGUAAGUUUAAUGUAAAAAUAACUACUGUACAAAAAAAGUUUUAAUUGUUCUGUACUGUUUGUAUUUUAUUUAUGGUAGUUUAAGGUUCAUGUUUUGAUAAAAAAUGAACAGCAUGUUCAUUUGAGCAGAAGAUCCAUAGUUACUUACGAAGAGCAUGGCCACUUUUCAUCUGGAGUACCUUGUAUUCUUCCUUAUUUUUUCCUAAUACUAUUUCUGAUAAAUCAUCUUGAAACACAUUUUUAGAGUGUACUAUUUUUCUCUUUUACUGUUCUUGACAAACAGAAGAGUCAGAAAGGGGGCAUUUACAUCUUCUAGAAUAGAGAAAGGUAGACAAUCCUCCAUUUAAAACUAAAAUCAGUGGCAUUGCAGAACUAGCACCCCCUCCCCAAAGAAGAAUGAUCAUGUAUAUAAUGGCAGAGCAGUAGCUUAGGCUCACACAGCACCUUCAGCCCAGGCACCGUUCAGAGCCUCAC